GGCGAGAGAGAUUGGUUGACAUGGCCCUUGGCGUGCUUUCGCUCGCACCUGUCCUGAGAACGACGCUAGCCCCCGCGGCGUGAUUGCCGCAAUGCAGGUGUACCAUUGUAGUGGGGUGUCUUGCAUACCGAUUGUAGGCGCUCUCUAUGCUUCUGCCACGGUCUUUGUUGCGCACACACGCGAAAGCUGCAGCGCACGUAGCCAGGAAAUCACCUACAUACUUUAGAGCUUUCCACGCAUCUGCAACCCUACGUGCCAUCGACAUGGCAAAGGUCGACACUACCGAGCGGCUGGCGGAGCUCCGCAAGCUGAUGAAGGAGCGCAAUGUCGAUAUCUACAUGGUACCGUCCGAAGACAGCCAUCAGAGCGAGUACAUCGCCCCUUGCGACGCCCGUCGAGCAUACAUCAGCGGAUUUACCGGCUCAGCUGGGUACGCAGUCAUCACACACGACAAGGCCGCCUUGUCGACCGAUGGGCGCUAUUUCAACCAGGCCGAGAAGCAGCUGGACAGCAACUGGGAGUUGCUUAAGCAGGGCAUUCAGGAUGUGCCGACCAUCCAGGAAUGGACUGUGGACCGCGUGGAAGGAGGCAAAGUCGUUGCCGUGGACCCCAGCGUGGUGACAGCAAGCGAUGCUAGGAAGCUCGCUGAUAAGAUCAAGAAGAAGGGCGGCGCAUACAAAGCGGUCGACGAGAACCUCGUGGACGCGGUGUGGAAGGAAAGACCAAGCCGUCCUAGCGAGAAGGUCAUUGUACAGCCUAUGGAGUUCUCUGGCAAGAGCGUCGAGGACAAGAUCGCGGACCUGCGCAAAGAGCUGGAGAAGAGGAAGAGCCUAGGCUUUGUUGUCUCCAUGCUUGACGAGAUCGCCUGGCUGUUCAACAUUCGUGGAAACGACAUCCCAUACAACCCCGUCCUCUUCUCCUACGCUGUCAUUACACCGUCCGCCGCCACACUAUACGUUGACGAAAGUAAGCUGCCACAAGAAGUCAAGGACCACCUCGGCGACAAGGUAGAGAUCCGCCCCUACGAAGCUAUCUUCGAAGACAUUACAGCUCUGAGCAAGGCGUCGCUGGGAGCCAAGGAUGAGGCCGAGGCAAAGAGGAAGUUCCUCACCUCGAAUCGGGCAUCCUGGGCAUUGAACAAGGCUCUCGGCGGCGAAGACAAGGUCGAGGAAGUGCGCAGCCCGAUCGGGGACGCGAAGGCUAUCAAGAACGAGGUCGAGUUGGAGGGUAUGCGCCAGUGCCAUAUUCGCGAUGGUGCUGCCCUCAGCGAGUACUUCGCGUGGCUGGAGGACCAAUUGAUCAACAAAAAGGCAACACUUGAUGAGGUCGAUGGUGCAGACAAGCUGGAAAGCAUGCGUUCAAAGCACAAUGGCUUCAUGGGACUCUCCUUCGACACCAUCUCUUCUACCGGACCCAACGGAGCUAUCAUUCAUUAUAAGCCAGAGAAGGGCGAAUGCGCAGUCAUUGAUCCUAAGGCGAUAUAUCUCUGCGACUCCGGUGCGCAGUACCAAGACGGCACAACUGAUACCACACGGACACUGCAUUUCGGCGAACCGACCGAGAUGGAACGCAAGGCAUACACACUCGUGCUUAAGGGCAACAUUGCUCUCGAGCGUAUCAAGUUCCCCAAGGGCACAACAGGCUUUGCUAUUGACGCGCUUGCCCGACAGUUCCUCUGGAAUUACGGCUUAGACUACCGGCACGGCACUGGACACGGAGUUGGCUCGUUCCUGAACGUACACGAAGGCCCCAUUGGUAUUGGUACUAGGAUUCAAUACUCUGAAGUUGCACUGGCUGUUGGUAAUGUAAUCUCGGACGAGCCUGGAUACUAUGAGGACGGCAAGUUUGGCAUUCGUAUCGAAAACAUGAUCAUGGUAAAGGAAGUCGAGACCGAGCAUCAGUUCGGUGACAAGCCAUACCUUGGAUUUGAGCAUGUCACAAUGACGCCUCACUGCAGAAACCUUGUAGACUUCAGCCUGCUCACAGAGGAGGAGAAGAAGUUCAUCAACGAGUACCACCAGGAGGUAUUCGACAAGACCAGCGAGUACUUCAAGAAUGAUCCUCUCACUCUGAAGUGGCUGAAGCGCGAGACUGCACCUUACUAGGCAACUUGAUGGAAGUCACUUAAGCCGAGCCAACAUCAGACCUUGGAAGCAAUCAACAGUGUCAAUAGCAUUAAGAAGCUUUGUUGGAUCUCACGAGCCUGUACUUGUGUUGUGUGAAACUUCAACAACGCCGGCGCUCUGUUGGCUUUGUUAGAUAUCUUCAGGGUCCAAAGUUGAUCUGCGGACGUGAGUCAAUUGGUGCUAUCUCUAAGCUGCUAGGCACAGAUCAUGGAUUUGUAGGAGUGAGAUGCCGAAUGCGGCGACCCCGUGGCGGCACACGGCGGCUCAGAAGAUAUGGCACUGCAUGGCGUCGGUUUUACAGCAUGGUACUCUCGGCGUUGGUAGGAAAUAAACCGCGAGUCCCUG